UGAGCGACAACCGGCAAGCGAAAUUGGCGAUCAGUAAUUACACACGCGAUCGCCGUUCGGCCAAAAAACAAAAAAAAAAACUUCUAAUAAAAUCAGCAAAUCCCAGCAAUAUGGAUUUGAAAAAUAAAAAUGUUAUUUAUGUUGGUGGCUUUGGUGGUAUUGGCUACUGUAGUUGCAAAUGCCUGCUGGAACAAGGGGUGGCUAAUUUGGCAAUUUUAGAUGUGGUGGAGGAUCCUGAAAUGCUUGAAACACUACAAGCCAUCAACAAAGCUGCCAAUGUAUUCUACAUCAAGCUGGACUUGACAGAUGUGGAGAAUAUCGAAAGUGCCUUUACAGAAGCGCAUGACACCAUGGGCCGAUUUGAUAUUGUGGUAAACGGUAGCGGGAUAAUGAAUGAGCAUGAAAUUGAACGCACAAUACAAAUUAAUUUGUUCGGUGUCAUUUACAGCACUUUUGCGGCUUUGCGUCUGAUGGACAAAUCGAAAGGUGGUCAUGGCGGCCUGAUUGUGAAUAUUUCCUCAAUAGUCGGCUUGGAUGCUUAUGGUGCUUAUGCUGUUUAUACAGCGUCAAAAUAUGGUGUCAAUGGUUUUACUAGAGCGCUCGCAGAUCCAUAUUAUUAUAGUCAAACAAAAGUUGGUUUCAUCACAAUUUGUCCGAGCACUACGGAAACCGCAAUGAUCGCAUCUCUACGCAUGGAGGCGGUGACCACAUUUGAGCGCAUGCCACCGCUGCCUAAAACCCUGUGCAACAAUCAAAGCCCGGAAAAUUGUGCCUACAAUUUAGUAACUGCCAUUAAAACUGCUAAAAAUGGUUCGGUGUGGAUUUUGACUGCCGGCAUCUUGAGAGAAUAUCAUUAUCCUGAUAUUUAAGUAGAAAAUUUUAGAAAUAAGCUAAAUUUAGUAAUUUUAUCAAUCAAAAGCACUUUUUCUUAGAAAACCACUAAAAAAUGUAUACCCCGCGCGCGCUUACAGUUGAGCUGGAAGAUGAUUUGACCAGCAGGAUUAUAAGCGCUAGUGUGACCAAAUGUUCACUAAAAAUUGAGCUAAAUUGACUAUAAAACAAGGUUACAAAAAGUUAGAGGCAGUGAAAAGAUAAGCCAAGAAAAGUCAGAACUUUUAUGCUGAAAAAUUGUAUUUUAAUUUUAAAUUGUUUCGCUCAAAAUUACCCAGUCGGAAUAAUCAAAAAAAGGAAGCCUUUUUUCUGAUAUCUUAUAUUCGAUCGGAAAUGCCAGAGUUUCAGGCCUUCUGAUAUGGCUUCUCUUAGAAGGUGAAAAUUUACAAAAAAAAAAACUUAUUUUUAAAAUUAUACACGCCCAUACCAAUUCGUUCCUUUAUUUGACAUCCGUUGCUUUAAAAACACUCCCUUUCCUGGAGCAGCCUAUUGGAAGAUCUCCUAGUACAGAAAUAAUUAUGCUUUGCUUUAAAGAUUUACCAUUGCAAUUCAAUUACACUUGCAUCUUGGCUACUUGAAUUUCCGAAAAGAAAAAGAGCAUUAAACAUAUGUGGAUAGUUCUCCGCAACACUAUAAAAAAAUCCACCAAGCUAGAACAAAAGUUCCGGGGCUAGAGCAAAUAUAUGACUGCAAAAUCUAGCUUCAAAACGACUAACCUGGCCACACUUUCACACAUAGAGCCCUUUUUUGCUGAGCUGAGAGAUGAACUGAAAGGCAAUCUGAACAAUAAACUCACCGCUUACAUCCAAGUGCGCACAAGAAAGAGCUAAGCCAAGAUUAUUAGCUUAGCUAAGCCCUUUCUUGUGCGCUUGCAUCUAAACAGUGGGUUUGUUUACUUAGAGCUUAUCAGCUUGCUUAUGGUACUUAAGUUCAUCCCUCAUCCCAGCCAUAAGCGCUUUGUCUGUGCGUCCCCUAAGCUUUUUUUUUUUUGUUUAAUGUAUGCUCCAUGUUUGUUGUUUUAUCGCCUAUCAGCUUGCUGAUCAACUCGUCUCCCAGGACAGCUCUGUGCGCGGAAGGCUUUAGACGGUAUUUUAAAAGACAAAUUAGCAAAUGAGUUGCGCGGGAAAAAUUUGUACUCCAAAAACUUUUUAGAUAUAUACAAAUACUUUUAUAGCGGCGCACAUAAGGACACAGUGACUUAUUACGACGACAAAAAUAGAAAAACAAAAGUCUUUAAAUCUUAUCACACAUACAUUUCUAAUACUCCUUAUAAACCAGUCCAUAAUGUAACACACAAAUUUUGACUUUUAACGCAACUCAGCAGCUUUAGCAGAAGCGCAAAGUUGGGGUUUCUAUCGUGCGUCGAAUUAAAUAAUUUUUUGUUUGAAGCGAUGAUAAAAUAUAAUAAUAGUUUUGUCAACAUGGAAAAUGAGGUGUGAGGUGUGUACUUUAUUUUGCGAUUUUUGUUAAUAAUAUAGUUAUUUGUAAAUUUUAUUUUAUAAAUUGCCUUUUUUAUUGAAAAAAAAUUUUGAAAUUUUAAUAUUAGUUAGCGUUAUAAAAAAAGUUCCAAUGAGUCAACAGUUCGAAAAUCCAACAAAUUGCCAAUGUAAAAAUAUCACGAACUUGUCCCCCCUUUUGCCCCUUCAAUAGAUAGAGCACAUCUUUCUUAAAUCGUUUACUGGGACGAAUCGAGCAUAUAGGAGGAAAAAGAUGUUUACUCCAUAUGUAAUUGACAGAUUUCAAUGAAAUUUGGUUGUCAAUGAUUUCGAAAUUGAUAUCAAAUUUUCAAAAUUCAAAAUGGCGUGCACAAUUAGGCGGAAGAUGUCUUAAAAAAUUUAUAGAUUAUUAUGAAGCUUGGUACCCAGAGAUUUUCGUCGCCACUGGUUUCGAAAUUGAUAUUAAAUUUUCAAAAAUCGAAAUGACGGAUCCAAUAUGGUGGACCACUUUUUUUAAUUAUAGUUUGUUAUGAAACUUGAUAUUCCGAGAUCCUCGUUAUCUUUGAUUACGAAAUUGAAAUUAAAUUUUCAAACAACGUCUAUUGUAAAAAACGUAAAAAACGUCUAUUGUUCAGGACGCCAUAUUUGAUCCGCCAUUUUGAAUUUUUAAAAAUAUAAUAUCAAUUUCGAAAUCGAUGACGAUGAAAAUCUCUGGAUACCAAGCUUCAUAACAAUCUAUACAUUUUUGAGGAAAUCGUCCGCCAUAUCGGAUCCGCCGUAUUGAUUUUUUUAAAUUAAAUAUCAAUUUCGAAAUCAGUGACGCCGAAAAGCUGUGGAUACCAAGCUUCAUAACAAUCUAUAUAUUUUUGAGGAAAUCGUCCACCAUAUUGGAACCGCCAUUUUGAAUUUCGGAAAUUUAAAUUAAUAUUCGAAUUCAGUGACGACGAAAAUCCCUAAUUUCAAUUUCCUUGAAAUCUGUCAAAUAAAUAUGGAGUAAAUACCAAGCUUCAUAAAAAUUUAAACAUUUUUGAAGAAUACGUCCGCCAUAUUGGGUCCGCCAUUUUGAUUUUU